GAUUCUGAUGAGUCUGAUGAGGGGUGGAGCCUGAGCGAGGAGCCCGCGAGCUCUCCUCUCUCCUCUCUCUCCGCGGAUGACGAGGGGCUGGAUAACAUGGAGUCGGGCAAGAUGGCGCCUCCCAAGAACGCUCCGAGAGAUGCCUUGGUGAUGGCACAGAUCCUGAAGGAUAUGGGAAUCACAGAGUAUGAACCAAGGGUUAUAAAUCAAAUGUUGGAAUUUGCUUUCCGUUAUGUGACUACAAUUCUGGAUGAUGCAAAAAUUUAUUCGAGCCAUGCUAAGAAACCUAAUGUUGAUGCAGAUGAUGUGAGACUGGCAAUCCAGUGUCGUGCUGACCAAUCUUUUACCUCUCCUCCCCCAAGAGAUUUUUUACUGGAUAUCGCAAGGCAGAAAAAUCAAACCCCUUUGCCACUGAUUAAGCCAUAUGCAGGACCUAGACUGCCACCUGACAGAUACUGCUUAACAGCUCCAAACUAUAGGCUGAAGUCCUUAAUUAAAAAGGGACCUAACCAAGGGAGACUAGUUCCACGAUUAAGUGUUGGUGCUGUUAGUAGCAAACCUACUACUACUAUAGCAACCCCACAAACGGUGUCUGUCCCAAAUAAAGUUGCAACUCCAAUGUCAGUGACAAGCCAAAGAUUUACGGUGCAGAUUCCACCUUCUCAGUCCACACCUGUCAAACCAGUUCCUGCAACAACUGCAGUUCAAAAUGUUCUGAUUAAUCCUUCAAUGAUUGCGCCCAAAAAUAUUCUUAUUACCACCAACAUGGUUUCGUCACAGAACACGGCCAAUGAAGCAAACCCACUGAAGAGAAAACAUGAAGAUGAUGAUGACAAUGAUAUUAUGAUUCAAGGGAGAUGAACAAAGACCAGUAAUUAAUUCUGAUGGCCAAAAGCCAUUAAGAUUUGUUUAAUGGUUAUAUAUCAGAGAAUCACUUGCUUUUAUCUGGAAUCAGCAUGUGACACCAUCAUAGUAAAGCAAAUUGAAAAUAAGUAAAAGAAUACGGGUUUAAAUCUGUUGUCCUUCUUCAGCUUCUACGCGGAUUUUUUAAAAAAUAUGUGCUGAUGAUGGUAAAUGCGGUGAGGACAGUUGUUAUCUCCAGUUCUUUUAUGGGUAGCAAACAAACAAGUGUCUGUCUAUGAUCUGAGGAAUACAGGAAUAUAGCCAGCAUGGGGUGGGGGGAGAAUGGAAGAUGUGAUGCACACUAUGUUCUAAGGGAUCCAAGGUGACGGAAUAUUCAAGAGGCAGGAAAGAAAACACUAAUCAACUACAGAACAGCAGGUAUGCCACCAUUUACAUUUUAAUAUAUACAGAUGAUAGAUAGAUAGAUAUACACACAUGGGUAUGCUCUUUAUGCAGAGUCUCACUCUGUCGGCCCAGGCUGGAGUGCAGUGGCGCGAUUUCGGCUCACUGCGAGCUCCGCUUCCCAGGUUCACGCCAUUCUCCUGCCUCAGCCUCACGAGUAGCUGGGACUACAGGUGCCCACCAUCACAUCCAGCUAAUUUUUUGUAUUUUUAGUAGACACGGGGUUUCACCGUGUUAGCCAGGAUGGUCUUGAUCUCCUGACCUCAUGACCUGCCCGCCUGGGCCUCCCAAAGUGUUGGGAUUACAGGCAUGAGCCACUGCGCCUGGCCUCUUUAUGUAUAUUAAAUAGCCUUAGAUUGAAAGAAACUGGUCUUCCAGAGGUUGCUUCUGGGGAGGGAAACUGGUAGGUAGGGGACUGAAAAAGGUGUCUUCAUUGUAUAUUCCUUUUUGAUCAUGUGUAAACCCCUGUGCUAGAGGGAAAUUUUGGAAAUGAAGAAGAAAACACUGAGCUAAAGGACCAAAUUGUUCACUUACGACAUGGGAAUUAUUUUUUUCUGCAUAUAAACACACAUAUAUAGUCUAGGGUUAAAGGUGAAUUUACAACUUAAAGCAUACACCUUUGCAAUAUUUUACCAAUAACUCAUAAUUCCAAAUUAGAAAGCACAUCCUUAUACUGUUUUGUGGGGUUUUUGUUUUGAGGUAGAGUCUCGCUCUGUCGCCCAGGCAGGAGUGCAGUAGCGUGAUCUCGGCUCACUGCAACCUCCACCUCCCGGGUUCAAGUGAUUCUCCUGCCUCAGCCUUCUGAAUAGCUGGGACUACAGUGGCACCUGCCACCACGCCCAGCUAAUUUUUGUAUUUUUGGUAGAAACGGGGUUUCACCAUGUUGGCCAGGCUGGUCCCAAACUCCUGACAGGUGAUCUGCCUGCCUCGGCCUCCCAAAGUCCUGGGAUUACAGGCGUAAGCCACCAUGCCCGGCCCCUUAUACUGUUCUAGCUUAUAUGCACACGUUAUCUACUAUCUUCUUUGGUUAAAAAUUCCUUCAGAGCAUAAAUGCUCUUAUAUUCCCUCUAUCAUGUCUUUAAGCACAUAGAAGGAACUCAAAUAUUUGCCUAAUUGACAAGUUGUUUACGACUGGAGAUUCCCCCAUUCAUUCUUUAGGUUAACAACCCAAAUAAAUGGGGGGGUGAUCCUGGAAACAGUCCAGUAGAAAGUACUUAAAAGGUACAGUCAGAGAUUGUUGGAUAGAUAAUGUUGGCAAUUGUAGAGUCUAGGUGCUGGGUUUAUGGGAGUUUAUGCUUCUUUCAGUUCCAUUUGAAAUAAUUUUUAGAACGUUGGAGGAAAGGUAAUCAGUAGGAAAAAGUCACAAAAAUUGGACUAGAAUUCCUGAGUACCCAUAGAGGUAUGCAGAAACAUGGUACAAUUUAAAAUUAACUACAAAUAUGGGUACAGUAUUAACUAAAAUACAAAUGAAGAAAAAACUUGAGCUUUCAAAUUUGUUUUGUUUAGAGCAACCACCAAAAUCUUCUUUUGCUAUUCUAUCCAGGGUUAAACAAAACAGUCUAGAAGCAUCAUGUCAGGGAUAGAGUCUAGAAGCAUCUAUAGUCUAGAAGCAUCAUGUCAGGGACGGAGUCACAUUGGAAAAGCUUCAGCCACUGGAACCAGACAAACCUGGACUUGAAUCCCUGCUGUUACUUACUUGCUCUGUGGUCCUGUCCAAAAGUUUAUUUCUUUGUCCCUAAAGGUGAAAUACAUAUCUUGCCAGCACAGAAUUUCUGGUUAGACAUGACUUUUUCAAAUCAUGUUUACCUCUGCUCUCUCCCAAAACUCCAUUAAAAGGACAGGAAAGAAAUAGGAAGGUAAAAUUAUAAAGAUGAUGAAAGAAUCUGAAUGGCCAUUAGAUUCUCAAUAGUGACAAUGAAACAGUGGCUUCGAGUCUCAAAAAGUGAUACUCAGGCUAAAAUUCUAUAUAUAGCCAAACUAGGAAUCAAGUAUAAGGGUUGAAUAAAGACAUUUUCAGACUUACAAAGUCUUAGAGAUUUUGCCUCCCGGGCACCCUUUCUCAGGAAGCUAGUAGAGUCUUGUGUUCUACAAAAAGUAGACCAAGAAAGAGGGAAAAGGGGGAAUCCAGAAAACAGGAGUCUAACACAGGAGGUAAAAGGAAUCCCCAAGGAGGUUAUAGGAAAUACCAGAGCAACAGCUAGCUGUACAGCUUGCCUAGAAGGCAUCAAGUACAAAUUGGAAAAGGAGCACCAAGGACUCCUGCAGGGAUAACUCUAACAAGGAUUAUUCAAUAUGUUUUAAUAUAUUGAGACACUUAUGCUUCUAGAAGAUUUGGGAAUGAAUCACCGAUGGGUAUACACAGAAAA